UUUAUUUAUAAGAAGACGUCUUUGAGGUAAAUAGGAACUUACGACACGAUUAUCAAUAAAUAAAGGCAAAAACAAAAUGGCACCCGUAACAGAAGCAGUGCUGACAAUUUCCUUCGGUGAGGGCCCGCACUGGGACGACGAGGAGAAAGUUCUGUAUUACAUGAACUUUAUGGAAAGUUCAAUAAAUAAAUAUAACCCAGAAACCGGACAUAAAACUAGAACGGAACUCGAUCAGUUCCCAGACACAUAUACAUCUUUUCUCAUCCCAAUCGAGGGUAAAAAGCACCGUUUUCUCGGCGCUUUAAAACGUGACAUCGUCGAAAUAGAAUGGAGAGGAGGCAAUGAGAAAGCGGUCGUUGUGCGGACUAUUGCCAAACUUGACCAGGAUAAACCUGAUAAUAUUACAAACGACGGCAAAGCGGACCCUAGGGGACGACUGUUUACUGGAACAUUUGGUUUUAACCCCUCGGGUAAAAAUCUAAAUGAGAUGAUACUCCCAGGACGAGGAUCUUUAUAUCGAAUGGAUACCGACGGCAAGGUUCACAAAUUGGAAGAAAAUAUCACGAUCUCUAACGGACUGGCGUGGGACAGAGACGGAAAGACUUUAUACUACGUCGACUCUAUGGACAGUAUUAGAAGAUACGAUUACGAUAUAGAGACAGGAAAUAUAUCAAACUGCCAAAAGUUAUUCGUCCCGAAAGAUCACGGAAUCAAAGGAAUAUGUGAUGGCCUGACCAUAGACACGGAAGAUAACCUCUGGGUUGCCGUAUACGAAGGAAGCUUGGUAUUAAAAAUUGACGGAAAAACCGGUGCAAUUUUACAAAAAGUCACCAUUCCUAAUAGCGAGGUGACGUCCCUUGCGUUUGGCGGAGACAACCUGGACAUCCUCUACGUUACCACUGGGAACGGCCGCUGGAAGAAGACUGAGACAGAGUGGGGAGCAGCGCUUUACGAGAUAAAAGGACUGGGAGUCAGGGGAUUUCCUGCAUUUAAAGCUAAAAUCAACUAAAUGAAACCUUUUUUUUGUAAUUUGUUGUUUUUUAAUAACUAAUUUUUAUCUAUGUCCCACAUUUACGGUAUGCGA